GUACCCGAGGUGAGAUUAACUUAGUAGAUCUUUAAGAUGGCUAUGGUAUUUGUGAGAAGGAGAAGAAGCUCAGGCUAGAUGUUUGUACGAGGAGCAAAAUGUGAGGUGUUCCAGAGCAUAAUAUGAGAUGGAAUGUCUUAAGGAUUACAAACUGUCAAAAUCAGAAAGCAUAGUUUAAUGCUAAACUUUGGGCCCGGGCAAUUUGGGAACUUUUCAGAUUUUGUUUGUGCUAUGAUCAGCAGAUCACCAUUACUUUUUCCUUCAAAGGAGUUCUAUGCAAAAACCUUGAAGGCUAUUAAGGUAGAAGCAAAACUGGAGGCUUUGCUACAGGAACACAAGGAAAGUUAGAACAGUCAUCAUGUUACCAUGGAAGAAGCACAGAAGGAUCAAAACAGUCUAGAAACAAUGGAAAAAGAAAUGAGGGAGCACUUGGAAGAGGCAAAGGAAAAUAAAACUGAAUACACUGAGCAAAAAGAAAAAUCUGGUGUAAGGAGUAAUAUAGAGAAGAAAGAGAAGACCAAGGAAAGAGAUGAAGAUGAUGUCCAUGAUGAGGAUAAGACAGGAAAAGAUGAGAAAAAGAAUAAAGAUAAGGAUAAGAAUGAAAAAGAUGAGGAAAAGAAUAAAGAUAAGGAUGCAGAUGAGGAUGAAAACAAGGACAAAAAGAUAAAAAAGGACAAGAAAAAAGAUGAGGACAAAAGCAAGGAGAAAAAGAAAGACAAGGAAAGUAAAGAUAAUGAUGAAAAUGAGGACGAAAGCAAGGAUAAAAAGAAAGAAAAGGGAAAGAAUAAAGAUGGGGACAAAAGCAAGGAGAAAAAGAAAGACAAGGAAAAUGAGGAGAAAAGCAAAGAGAAAAAGAAAGACAAAGAAAAUAUGAAAGGUAAGGACAAAAGCAAGGAGAAAGGGAUAGAUGAGGAAAAUGAUAAUGAGAAGAAAGAUAUUAAUGACGAUCAAGGUAUUGAAGAGAUAAAAGAAAAGAACAAGAAGGAAAAGAAGAGUAAAAAAGAGAAAGAGAAAGGGGAGGGAAAGGAUAAAAAGAAGGAUAAAGAUGAAGAGAGUGGAGGACUAAAGAAUGUAGAGAAGAUUAAGAAAAAACUAGUGAAGUUGGAUGCUAAGCUGGCAGAAAUACUUGAAAAGAAAAAACUACUCAUGCAAAGUCUUAAAGAAGCUGAAGAGAUUCAAAGGCCCACUGAAGAAAAAAAUGCCUCUAUUAUUCAUUCCGUGGAGCAUGUUACUGAAACAUUCAAGGAGGUUACGGUAGAAGAUAAGCUCCAGCCACUAAAAGAUAGCAUUUUGGUUGGUGAAAAUUUGAAACCUAAUUAGACAGUUCUCACUAUAUCUGUUUGGAGUCGAUAUGGUUCUUCAUAGACAUUGCAUUGCAAAUAUACUAAAAGACCCAUGAUCAGCUAUGUUAGGUGGAUAAUUCAAGACAUUUUUAUCUCAAAAAGUUAGUAUAUGUUUUAAUUAAAAUUUGAAGCUAGAAGUUACCUUGUCUUUCAAGGAAUCUGGGAAUUUGUUGUAAUGUACAAUGACAAACAACAGUAUUUGUAGAGACAGGCAUGGAAAAAUGAUGUUAGAAUAAAAUAUGGUGUAAUUUCGUUAGUAUA